CCGUUUACAUACGUUUUCACUUCCGUCGGCAGUUUUAGGGAAUUAUUAUAUUACAUGUUUCAGAAUUAAUAUUAUUCGUUAAGCACAAUCAUUUUAUGCACAAAUUGUUGAAAAUAUAUUAAUUUAAUAUUUCUUUAGAGAAAAUAUAUAAAACCGAUUAGAUAAUAAAUAGGGAUUUUUAAGAUUUAUUAUAUUUAUUUAAAUCUCAACUUUCUUGAUUUUAUAUUUUAAAAUUUAUACCUAGUCGAAAUUCAUUAUCUUUCAUUCUACAUCUACAUUCUAUCCCUCUAAUAAUGUAACAAAAUAUUAUAUAUUUUUAACAUAAAGGAACACCUGUUAAGUUACUAAAAUUGACCCAAACUUCAUGUUAUUCUGAAAAUAAGUGCGAAGUUACUCGAGUUUCUAUAAUUGCAGUUUAUUGAUAUGUAACAGCUGGGAUAAUUGAGAUAACGUUUUUUGUAAUAAAAUACUUAUAUAUAAGGCUUGGUUGUUAUAGAAAACGUUAUAUGUAUAUCUACAAAAUUUUAUAGAUACACUACAAGAAUAUAUUUAAAACACAGCGUACUACAAUUUAUUUUUGAACUUCUGGAUGACAAAUGUAGUUAUGUAUCUUCAUACUAAUAUUAUUUUAAAAACAAACAGCAAGAUACCAUUAUAAUAAAAGAUUAUAAAUCAUGAAUGAUGAAUGUAAAUUAACAAAACUUCCUCAUCAUGUGCAACAGAAGCUUUGUCAUACAAGACCACCUUAUAGACAAGGAAAAAGGUUGACAUCCGUGAAGGUUUAUACAAUAAAUGAUGAAUCAAAACAUCUUAUGAUAUGUGGAGUACCAAAACUUCGAUUAGGCGAAGAUGUGAAGAAGCUUGUGGAGCCAUAUGGAGAUAUAAAAAGAAUACAUGUAGUACCUGAAUAUCCUACAGAAGAAUUCACAGAAGCUUAUUAUGUACAAUAUGCUCGUAUACAGAGUGCAAGAAUUGCAAAACGAUUUAUCGAUGGUAAAAAUUUUUAUGGGGGUUUAUUACAUAUAUUUUAUGUUCCUGAAAUGGAAACUGUAGCAGAAACAAAAGCUAAACUUGCUCAACGUUCUCGAGAAGUAGCUAUACGAAUAAAAAGGAAUCAGCAAGAUGCAUUGAAUCCGAAUAUAGACAAAUUUGUUCCUCAAGAACAGUAUCAUAGGAAAAAAAGAACACCAGCUUUACCACUAACAGAAGAACGUUUAAUUAAACAUUAUCCUGGGGAGACAUUGACUUCCAUUUAUAAUGGUAUACCACAAAACAUAGAUCCAAGGCUAGUGUCUGAACCUAGUUUACCUUCAACUUCAAAUGACUAUGAAGAUAAAAAAUCAAUUACAUCUGCGGUACCUCAAGCCCCAUAUCAUUCAAAUGAAGCUAUUAUUCGAGCAACAAUAAAUGAUACAAAAAUAUCAAGGUCUGAUGUUAAAAGCAAGAAGAAAAAUUACAAAGGACAGCCUGUCGAUGAUGGUGUGAAAGUUAGAGUAGUAAGACCUUCAAUUGUAAACACAAGCACUAUAGUAACAUGGGACACUUCUGAAAAAAAAGUUUUCAGUAAUCCUAAAAAAGUUAAAAAUAAUAUAAAAAUUAAACUAAUUCAACAAAAUGAUAUGGACAAGAAGAGAAUUAUAAUAAAAGAUCCAAGUGUGUCACAAUUAAUACAACCAAGUCAAGAUCUUCAAUUUUCCAUUCAAGAAGCUAAGUCAAAGGUACGAACAGCAAUGCAAACAAGUAAUUCAAACAAUUCAUUGUAAUAAAGUGAGAUAAUUAAAAAAAGAAUCAUUUCAUUAUAAAACUAUUUAUUGUUGUUCGAAAUAAAUACAUUUUUAU